AAUAAUAAUAAUAAUAAUAACCCCCCUAACAAAAAUAAUGUCUAAGAAACAUUAAUAAAAAAAUCAACCAAAAAAUUACUUAAAAGUAAAAAAUUUGAACGAAGAAAAGUGAGAGUACAGGCUGUGGAUUGUAAGAGGGAAGAGGUUACCUUCUUAGUCGGAGCAAUAUCGUCUCCAUUCCAACAUCUCUAUCAUCUCUCCUUCUGUUUGUUCAUCCCAUCAAGUUCAAGAUCUAAGAGGGCUAUUCGUGAGACCCAUUGACCACCUUUUUCAGUCUUUGCUGGUAAACCACUUGCAUGUGAAAAGCACUGAUUUUCUUAGAGUCCUUAGAAGAAGAUGACUGUGAUCGAUAUCUUGACUAGGGUAGAUGUGAUCUGCAAAAAGUACGACAAAUAUGAUAUUGAUAAGCAGAAGGAUCUCAAUGUAUCUGGUGAUGAUGCCUUUGCUCGUCUCUUCUCUGUUGUUGAAGAUGAUAUCGAGGCUGCUCUUCAGAAAGCGGAGGUUGCAGCGAAGGAGAAGAGUAGGGCGUCUGCAGUGGCCUUGAAUGCAGAAAUUCGUCGGACUAAGGCUCGGUUGCUCGAGGAAGUACCGAAAUUGCAGAGAUUAGCUUUUAAGAAGGUUAAGGGACUAUCCACUGAGGAGCUUGCCGCUCGUAAUGAUUUGGUCCUUGCAUUGCCAGAUAGGAUCCAAGCUAUACCGGAUGGGACUCCAGCACCCCAGAAACAAACUGGAGGCUGGGCGUCAUCAGCCUCUCGUACUGAAAUCAAGUUUGAUUCAGAGGGUCGAUUUGAUGAUGAAUACUUCCAGCAGAGUGAGGAGUCGAGUCAAUUCAGGGAAGAGUAUGAAAUGCGGAGGACAAGACAGGACCAAGGUUUGGAUAUGAUCUCAGAAGGUUUAGAUACGUUGAAAAACAUGGCUCACGAUAUGAAUGAGGAGCUUGAUAAGCAAGUUCCUUUGAUGGAUGAGAUCGACGAAAAGGCGGACAAGGCUACAUCUGAUCUUAAGCAUACAAAUGUGAGACUUAAGCACACUGUCAACCAGCUACGGUCCAGCCGGAAUUUCUGUAUCGACAUUAUUUUGCUGUGUAUAAUACUGGGAAUUGCCGCAUAUUUGUACAAUGCACUGAAAAAGUGAGAUGAGCUGAAGUUUCACAUUUUCGAAGUGUUGGUGGCUUGUGGUAAUUUUUUCCUUAUCAAGAAGCAGAAGAGUUUAUGGUAUUUGAGUUGUGUAUUAUUUGGUUAUUUAUGACUUCCUUUCUAAAGAGUCUGUGCUCUUCAAGCUUGGUGCCUUUGAUGUUGUACGCUUUGAUCAACAUGCAUUUCUGUAUAAAUGUCUUUUCACAAUGUUUUUAUCUGCCCAUUAGAGCUGAGCUGUUGUUUUUCUGAAUCAUCAUAUAAUUUCUGGUAACCCCAUUCUCUUUUCUAGACAUGUUCUUCUAAA